AUGGCUCCCUCCGCGUCCAAGGAGAAGCGUCUCGCAAAGAAGGCUGCCGAGGGCAAGCUCAAGGGCAAGAAGGGCAAGAAGGCCGAGGAGGUCCAGCUCGACGCUCACGGCAACCCCGUCAAGGACGAUGACGGCCCCGCGACCUCGGGCGACAAGCUCGGCGAGGUGAAGCGCCUCGCUGAUCAGAUGGACAAGCACGGCAUCUCAGACCGAGUCACCACCGGUGUCCUGGCCUCCGUCCCCUCCAGCAAGGACGUCAAGAUCACCAGUGCCAGUCUGGUCUUCCACGGCCGAGUGCUCAUCACUGAUUCCACCCUCGAGCUCUCGUACGGUCGACGAUACGGUCUCCUUGGUGAGAACGGUUGCGGAAAGUCUACUUUCCUCAAGGCUAUUGCCGCCCGCGAGUACCCCAUCCCCGAUCAUCUCGAUAUCUACCUUCUCAACGAGGGUGCCCCUCCCAGCGACCUCGGUGCCCUUGAGUGGGUUGUCCGAGAGGCCGAGUUGGAGCUGGAGCGUCUUGACAAGAUGGCCGAGAAGCUUCUCGAGGAUGAGGGCCCUGAGAGCCCCCACAUGGACAAGCUGGACCCCUCCACCUUUUCUACCCGUGCUUCCCUGAUCCUCACGGGUCUGGGUUUCAACAAGAAGACCAUCCACAAGAAGACCAAGGACAUGUCUGGUGGUUGGAGAAUGCGAGUCGCCCUCGCCAAGGCCCUUUUCGUCAAGCCCUCGCUGCUGCUUCUCGAUGACCCCACUGCCCAUCUGGAUCUCGAGGCCUGUGUGUGGCUGGAGGAGUACCUCAAGAAGUGGGAGCGAACCCUGGUGCUCGUUUCCCACUCGAUGGAUUUCCUCAACGGUGUCUGCUCCAACAUGAUCGAUAUGCGUGGCAAGCAGCUCGUCUACUACGGUGGUAACUACGACUCGUACAACAAGACCAAGUCCGAGAACGACACCAACCAGAUGAAGGCCUACCAGAAGCAGCAGGAUGAGAUCGCCCACAUCAAGAAGUUCAUUGCCAGUGCUGGUACCUACGCCAACCUGGUGCGACAGGCCAAGUCGCGCCAGAAGAUUCUCGACAAGAUGGAGGCCGAUGGCUUCAUCCAGCCUGUUGAGCAGGACAGGGUCUUCACCUUCCGCUUCGCUGAUGUUGAUAAGCUCCCCCCUCCCGUUCUGUCUUUCGACAACGUCACCUUCUCCUACUCUGGAAACCCCGAGGACGACUUGUACCGCAACCUGGACCUUGGUUUCGACAUGGACUCCCGAACUGCCCUUGUCGGUCCCAACGGUGUGGGCAAGUCUACUCUCCUCCGACUCAUGACUGGCAAGCUUUCUCCCACUGGCGGUGUCGUGACACGACACACUCACUUGAAGCUGGGUCUCUACUCGCAGCACAGUGCUGAGCAGCUCGACCUGACCAAGUCUGCUCUUGACUUUGUGCGUGACAAGUACAGCGAGAAGUCCCAGGACUACCAGUACUGGCGUCAACAGCUCGGCCGAUACGGUCUCACUGGUGAUUCCCAGACUGCCCUGAUGGGCACUCUGUCUGAGGGUCAGAAGAGCCGAAUCGUCUUUGCCCUUCUCGCCAUCGAAAGCCCCAACAUGCUGCUGCUUGACGAGCCUACCAACGGUUUGGAUAUCCCCACCAUUGACAGUUUGGCGGAUGCCAUCAACGCCUUUAGCGGAGGUGUCAUUGUCGUGUCUCACGACUUCCGAUUGCUCGACAAGAUUGCCAAGCAGAUUCUCGUGUGCGAGAACCAGACCAUCCGCGAGUGGGACGGCUCCAUCUCCGAGUACAAGAACUACCUUCGCAAGAAGAUGAUCACGGCCGGUGCCGUCUGA